GCGCCGCUGGGCUGGGGGUCUCCCACGGUUCCUGUCUAGCGUCUGCUGCUGUCAGAUGCCUGGAGCUCUCUCUCCGUCCCACGUCCAGACGGUCAGUGGCAGUCCGCCGCGAAAUGGCACCAGCAGCCGCCGUGGUCACGUGGCUACUCCUCCACGUGCUGUCCACGGGGAUCGAAGCCCGCACCGGCGUCUGCACCCGCAAAGAGUCGCGAGAAGUGCCCUACACGUACACCGGCUACUCAGGACGCACGUACGUGUACUACGAGAAGUGCUGGUGGGUGUUCGGGUCGUGCACGAAGUACGGCUACCGCACGUACUCCUACACGCGCUACGCGAACUACUGGGUCUACUCGGAGAAGAGCUUCUGCUGUUCCGGCUACCAUGGGGACCCCGACCUGUGGGGCUGCGACCCCGUUUGUCCAGGAGGCUGUGGGCCCAGGGAGGAGUGCAGCCAGCCAUACAGUUGCACGUGCAAGUCUGGAUACACGCGAACCAACGGAACGUGCCUGUCGCCCUGCGAAGCCCGCGGCUGCGAACACGGCUCGUGUACCGACCUGAACACCUGCACGUGCGACGCGGGAUACGAGAAGCGAGGUGAGGCAGAAGCUGAGAACAAACCUGUUGUGUGUCGGCCGGUCUGCAGCUCGGGAUGCGUGAAUGCAGAGUGCGUUGCGCCGGACACGUGUAGCUGCCUGCCCGGGUAUAGUGACUAUGGUCCACUACCAUCGCACAGGGGGUCGCCAUUAGAGGCCAGGUACCAGCUCUCACCGAAGGCGCCAUACAAGAACACUUGCUGGCCAACGUGUCACCACGGUUGCCAGAAUGGCUACUGUGUCCUGCCGGAGACGUGCACCUGUCUGGACGGUUACAAAAUGGACCCGGGAGACGGUACCCGUUCCAGCUGCCUCCCAGUCUGCUCAACGCCGUGCACCAACGCCAACUGCACAGCCCCAGACACCUGCAGCUGCCUCACUGGCUACGAGAGGGACGCCAAAGACCUAUCUGGGGCUACCUGCGUCCCCGUCUGCCCGGACCCCUGUCUGAAUGCCGAGUGCACGGCCCCGGCGACUUGCACUUGUUUGGACGGCUACCAGAAGGAUCCCGAGGACGCGACCAACUCCACCUGCACUCCCAUUUGCUCCACUCCGUGCACCAAUGCCAACUGUACAGCUCCAGACAUCUGCACUUGUUUCGUUGGCUACGAGAGGGAUCCCGAAGACCUGUCCGGGGCUACCUGUGUCCCAGUCUGCCGGGACCCCUGCGUGAAUGCCGAGUGCACGGCCCCGGCGACUUGCACUUGUUUGGACGGCUACCAGAAGGAUCCUGAGGAUGCGACCAACUCCACCUGCAGUCCCAUUUGCUCCACUCCGUGUACCAACGCAAACUGUACAGACCCAGAUAUCUGCACUUGCUUCGACGGCUUCGAGGUGGACCUCGAGGACUUGUCCGGUUCCACCUGCCUCCCCAUUUGCUCCAGUCCGUGCACCAACGCCAACUGUACAGAGCCCGAGAUCUGUACCUGCUUCGAGGGCUUCGAGCUGGAUCCGGAAGAUGCGACCGCGUCCACGUGCCUGCCCGUGUGCUCGUUUCCUUGCGUGAACGCAAACUGCACGGAACCGGAAACGUGCACCUGCUGGGACGGCUAUGAAGCCGAUCCGGACGACCCUUUCAACUCGACGUGCGUGCCCGUGUGCCCCGACGGAUGCACCAAUGCCAACUGCUCUGAGCCUUGGACCUGCACGUGUCUGGCCGGGUACGAGAUGGACCCUGGCGACGAGACAAAUUCCACGUGUCUUCCCGUUUGCUCCAACGGCUGCGUCAACGGCAACUGCACCCAGCCGGGGGUUUGCACGUGCUUCGAUGGCUUCAGAAUGCUUCCAGGCGAUGAGACCAAGUCCGUUUGCUACAACAUCGCGCACAUGUCAUGGAUGAUAGGAGGGGGAGCGGGUGCAGCGGCGUUGCUGGUCCUGAUGUCGACUACGUCCAUCGCAGUCUGCUGUUUCCUGCGGAGAAGACGCAGCUACGUCGCCAAAGGCGACGGUGUUUUUGUGAACCCGUCCUUCGGUAUUUUCGACCCGGCAUCGGAGAUCGACGAUCUACUGGACGAGAUGAGGAAGGAAGAAAUCGAGGAACAGACCAGACACCGGAUGCUGAGCCAGUCACCCGACGGGCGACUUGAAUUUUUGUAGAAUUCCGAGGUUUUGUGAUUAAAUGUCAAUAUCAUGAAAUAUAAAUGUUGCCAGUGGAUCUUGUUUACUAACGAUAACUGGUUUCGGUAAACAGAGCUACCAUCAUAUGAUUUGUAAAUAGUGUUCAUAAAGUAUAAAGCAAAUUACGUUAUAAGAAUAGCGUCAAAUGCCAUAAAUAUCAUGCACACGCCUCGAUAAAGGGUAGUGAUACUAGUAUUUACAAUGUUUUGCGCCAAGCGCAUCCGUCCCAUAUUACGAGUCACGGAGCACAUCACUGAUACAAGAGUGCCGCUGAACUGACACUCGACUAGAGGUCGGUAGUGUAUUCAUACUAUUGUCAAUUGCAAGUGUACUUAUGUAAUUGUAAUAAAAAUGUUCGAAAGUGUUAAA